AUGGAUAGAAACAUUCUUGAUGCUGCUAGUGGUGGAGCACUUGUCAAUAAAACUCCAAUUGUUGUUAAAGCCCUGAUUGAGAACAUGUUACUCAACUCCCAACAAUUCACCACCAGAAAUAAUUCUAUGGUCCAAACAAAAGGUGUGAAUGACAUUCAGGUUUCCUCUUCCAACAAGGCUUUAGAAACUAGAAUUGAAGAGCUUACUUCUUUAGUGAAACAAAUGGUAGUGAGUAAACCUCAAAUAGCAAAGUUGUGUGGUAUGUGUACUUCUACUGAACAUCCAACUGACACAUGUCCUAUUCUUCAAGAUGAUUCAGUCACUCAGUUGCCUCAAGCAUAUGCAGCUAACUUUUUCAACCAAAGCAGCAAUCAGAGAGGGUACAACAUUCCUGACUUGUCUACCAACAAAUAUCAUCCCAAUUGGAGGAACCAUCCAAACCUUCGAUAUGGAAACCAGCAGCCCACCCAACAACAAUUAGCCAUACCCCUGCCACAACCACAGACCACUCCCCAAGUCUCCACCUAUGCACUUUCCGGACUUUCAUUGGAGGAUCUUGUCAAACAAAUGGCUGUUAACAAUCUCCAAUUUCAGCAACAUACAGAUUCCAAUAUUCAAACUUUGCAGACACAGAUUGGACAACUUGCCACUUUGAUGAAUGCCAUGCAGCAAGCCCAAGGAUCAAACCAACUUCCUGCCCAAACAGUUGUGAAUUCAAAAGGCCCUAAUGCUAAUGUGAAAACUGAACCCUCUGUUGUGGUAGAAACUGAAAAAGAAAAAGAGAAUGAGUAUGUGCCACCAGUUCCCUUCCCACACAGAAUACUGAAAAAUAAAAGGACUGGUGAUGGAGACAAGGAGAGAGAGAUUUUAGAUGUGUUCAGAAAAGUGGCGGUAAACAUUCCGCUUCUUGAUGUUAUUAAGCAGGUCCCAAAGUAUGCAAAAUUUCUAAAAGACUUGUGCACAAGUAAGAAAAGGUUGAAGGGUAAUGAGAGAGUAAAUUUGGGACGAAACAUUUCAGCCCUUAUCCAGCCUAAAUAUUCACCUGAAAAAGCUACUAUUUCAUCCCUCAAUCAGGCCAUACCCCAAAAGUGCAAGGAUCCAGGAACUUUUGCUAUUCCAUGUACCAUUGGGGAUAGUAAAUUCGACAAUUGCAUGCUUGAUUUGGGAGCAGGCAUUAAUGUUAUACCUACUUCUGUUUAUAAUAACCUUGAUCUUGGUCCUUUGCAGCAUACAAGUUUAAUCAUUCAACUGGAGAACAGAAGCAAUGCUCGCCCUAUUGGAGUAGUGGAAGAUGUGCUUGUUCAACCAGUUAGCCAAAAAGCCAACCUAAAAUAA